CUUAAUAUUUUUUACGCGAUUUAAUUACGACGAACAUGUACUUUGAACAAACAUUUCAAGUCAUAAAAUGGAUCAAAGGUCAAAGUUCCUCAAACGUUUCCUGCCACCUCACUAAGACGGACACAACGAAUUGUUAUCAGAGAGGGUCUUUGAUAAACACCCUUUUGUGGAACGACAACAGCAAAACAAAUCUUCUGUAGUGUCUUAGCGCGUGUUGGUAGCAUAAUGGCAGAGGCUAUACUUGGAGAUCAGGACCAGUACAGCUGUUCAAUAUGUUUGGACUUGUUGAGGGAUCCUGUGACAAUUCCGUGUGGACAUAGUUACUGCAUGAGCUGUAUAGGUGAGUGCUGGAAUACAAAUGAUCUGAACGGGAUCUAUAGAUGUCCACAGUGCAGACAGGCCUUCAAUUCAAAGCCUCCACUCAACAGAAGUACAGUGCUUGCUGAAAUAAUGGAGAAACUGAGGAGCACAGAGCUGCAAGUGUCAGAGUCUGCUCAAUGUCUUGCUGGACCUGGAGAGAUUGCGUGUGAUUUCUGUGCUGGAGAAAUGAUCAAAGCUGUCAAGUCUUGUCUGGAGUGUCGAGCCUCUUACUGUGAAACACAUGUACAACCCCACUAUAAUGUUCCUGCCCUGAAGAAACACAAGCUGGUGAAAGCUGCAGUCAUUCCAGUAUGCCCCAAACACGACAAGCUCCUUGAGGUUUACUGUCGAACGGACCAGAAAUGUGUCUGCAUGCAUUGCUUAUUGGAUGACCACAAGGGCCAUGACACAGUGCCAUCUACAAUAGAGUGCAACGAGAAACAGAUAAAACUCACAGACACUCAGACAAAAGUCAAGCAGACAAUCCAGGCAAAAGAAAAAGAGCUGCAGAAGAUGAACAUAGACAUCGCCUCCCAUUCAGAUUCUGCAAAGAAGGCAGUGGAAAACAGUAAGAAAGUCUUCAGUGAAUUAGUCAAAUUUAUUGAAAAAAAAAGCAAUGAGUUGAUUGAAGAAAUAAAAGCUGAAGAAAAAGCUGAUCUGGAUCAAGGCACAAAGCUACAAAAGAAGCUGCAGGAGGAAAUUACUGAGCUGAAGAAGAGGGAAGGAGUUUUAGAAGAUCUUCUACAGACAGAUGACAAUAUCCAAUUUCUUCAUAAUUGUGAGUCCGUGUCCUCUGCAUCUGGAUCUGAUGAGUUGCCGAGUUUCUCAUUUCAGCCGUACUGCUCUUUUGAGGACAUAAGAAAACUUAUAUGUGAGCUUGCUGGGAGACUGGAGACUACUUGCACGCAGGAAAUAAGCAAAACAGUUAAUAAAGUUUCAGAUUUGUCAGCAAAAAGGCCUCCAUUUGACAUUGUAGUUGGAGACAGAGUCCGUGUGAAGCCGUCUGUUGUUGCUCCAACACACAAAUGGGGAUCGGUUACUCACUUUAGCAUUGGUGUUGUUAAAAAAAUUCAGGAUGAUUUGUUGACUGUAGAUUUCCCCGAACAAAGAAACUGGACUGGUGUAGUUUCAGAAAUGGAGCAUGUGACCAGUGCUGGUUCAGAUUUGUCAACCAAAAACGAUCCAUUCAACAUCAAGGUUGGAGACAAAGUCAGAGUGAAACCUUCAGUUACUACCCCAAAACAUAACUGGGGUAGAAACAUCACUCAUAAGAGUGUGGGAGUGGUAAAAGACAUUAAAAGUGAUGACAGUGUGGUUGUUGACUUUCCUGGACAUGCGAACUGGAAAGGAGUUCUCACUGAAAUGGAGCAAGCAACUAAUGAUGAUGAGAUUGGACCUUCAAGUCUGGACUCCAAUAUUAAGAUUGGAGACAAAGUUCGUGUGAAGCCGUCUGUUGUUACUCCAACACACAAAUGGGGAGCAAUCACUCACAAAAGCAUUGGUGUUGUUAAAAAAAUUCAGGGUGAGUCUUUGACUGUAGAUUUCCCGGAGCAAAAAAACUGGACUGGUAUUGUUUCAGAAAUGGAGAUUGUGGCCAGCACUGGUCCAGGUCUGGAGUCCGUUAUUAAGAUUGGAGACCAAGUUCGUGUGAAGCCAUCUGUUGUUACGCCAACACACAAAUGGGGAGCAGUCACUCACAAAAGCAUUGGUGUUGUUAAAAAUAUUCAGGAUGAGUCUUUGAUUGUAGAUUUUCCUGAGCAUAAGAAAUGGACUGGUUUAGUUUCCGAAAUGGAGCUUGUGACCAUUGGUGAUUUAGUUGACAUCAAGGUUGGAGACAGAGUCAGAGUGAAAUCUUCUAUAACUACUCCAAAACACAACUGGGGUGGACAUGUCACACACAAGAGUGUUGGUGUGGUAAAAGAUAUCAAAUCUGAGGAUGUGAUCGUGGAUUUUCAAAAACACAAAGGCUGGAAAGGUAUUCUUUCCGAGAUGGAGUUGGUAAACGACUCAGACACUGACAUUUCAGGAUCCCCCUAGAUCGUGAAGAUGUGACUGUGGACGUCUCUGCUCACCAUUUGCUUUUGUGAAUGAGUUUUCACUGAAACUUGCCAAUGUCUUUAUUUGUAAGUUUAUAGUCAUGUGAACAUGAAAAAUGUACACUUUUUGUAUUUCAGUCUUACGGUUUUCAUACUGGUGUCCUUCACAGCACAGGAGAGAGAUAUUAUAUUAGACAGAAGCUCACGUUAAUGGUUCUUUUCAUUCAAGUGUUUCAAAUUCAUUUGCAUUUUUUUUGUCUUCAAUUUGACUCAUGUAUGAUUGCAUCAUAAUUUAUUAGCUACAGCAUGGGUGCUGCAGUUAGAAAGAAUCUUUCUACAGGUGUAGACUGAUUUUUAACAACUGAAAUCUGUUUUAGCUCUGGGAAUGAGCACAUACACUGAAUUAUGUCUGUUCAAUCUCACUUUAAUAAUAAAUCUAAAAUAAUUAAUUAUAAUUUUAAAAAUAAUAAAUUGAAAAUGUCCUGUCAAAAAUACAAUCCAAACAAAUGCACAUUUUGGUGCUAAAUUAGUCUUUUUUUCUUUUUUGUCUUUUGAGUGAAUUAAAUUAACUGCACUGAUAUUCAACCAUUGUGGCUAAAGCUUAUAGGCAUGUGUAUACAUAUUGGUCUACAAGUAUCUGUGGCUCUUGUUUUGUAUAUUUCUUCCUAGCUGAGUUUGUGUCAAUUAAAGAAUCAUGAUGACGA